UCACUGAACACGUGCCUGCUCAUCUCCAACUCAACGUCUUUCUGCUUCCUGACCUCCUUCUUCUUAUCUCAUCAUCGUUUAUCUUCUGUUGUCUGCUUUCUUCUGAUACAAUGCCUCCUUCGAAGAGACUCGAGAAGCUCUCUGCAAUUGCGCACCUGGACUCGCAGCAGUCUUCCUCGCAGCAAUCGACCCAGCUGCUCAUGGAGGUCGACGAGCUCGUAUGAUAGACAUCUCUUGACUUAUCUCUUCUUUCAGAUCUUACAUAUCUUCUUCCUCCUCGCAGCCGCGACAUCAUCCGGCUUCUGUUUCUGCUCCAGAGCAGGUAGCUACGCUUGUAAUGCACACCGCAGCUGAGAAGAAAAUCAUCUCUCUACUCCACGACCGCGAGUUUACCGUCGGUCGUAGGUCCUCAUGUGACCAAGUCGUAGCUCACAGCGCCGUCAGCAGCAUCCACUUCACCAUCUACACCGUCAAAUUCGACGACUCCAGCGCCCCGCUCGUCUACUGCUGGGACCGCAGCCGCAACGGCACCUUCCACAACCGUCGCAUCAUCGGCCACGACCGCCGCAUCUUGCUCUCUGACGGCGACGAACUCGAGAUCAGACACGCGUGCUCGUUCGAGUUCCACCAGCAGCGCGCCGGACCCUGGACCGCCGGCGAUCCAACUCUUGACGAAGACAGGCCGCAUAUCAAAGACUACGAGAUCUCAUCCCGCGCGCUCGGACACGGGACUUUUGGCCGCGUGCUGCUGGCGACUGAGCGGAAAUCUGGCCGGCAGGUCGCGUGCAAGAUCAUUGAUACCAGAGGCAACUCGAUCCGAAUGAUCAAAGCAAAGACCGAAAUCGCAAUCUUGCAGCGUCUUCGCCAUCCAAACGUUGUCUCCGUCUACGAUGGACUCGUCAUCCGGAAUCGAAUUUACAUACUUGAGGAUCUAAUCACGGGCGGCGAUCUAUUCAGCUACCUCUCCGACGGCGAAAACAUGUCUUCCAUCCCCGAAGCAGAAGCUCUACUGAUAACCUUCCAGAUCCUCAAAGCUCUCGAGUACCUCCACCGCAACAACGUCAUCCACCGAGACCUCAAGCUCGACAACAUUCUCCGCGUGUCGCAGCACCCAGGCGCCAGGGUCGUGCUCAUCGACUUUGGGAUCUCAAAGUACGUCCGCGACGGCGCGCGGCGCAUGACGACCGUCGUCGGCACGCCCGAGUACGCGGCGCCCGAGGUGGGAUUCGCGGGACUCGCGCCGGCGGCAGGCACGCAGCGGAAGUUUGCGAAAACAGAGAAGAGCGGGUACGACAAGAAAUGCGACCUGUGGAGUUUAGGCGUGAUUCUCCAUAUCCUGCUCUCGGGGAUUUCGCCGUUUUACGAUGUGUCGCAGAAUAGUAAACGGAUGGCGUUGAAAGCGGUUUCCGGAAAAUUAGACCUUUCUAAUCAAUACUGGAAAGAUAUCAGUCCAGCGGCCAAAAGCCUCGUCCGCAGACUCCUCUGCGUCGACCCCGAAACCCGCUACUCGGUCGAAGAAUGCUUUGAACACAGCUGGAUCGCAAACCAACUUUCCGUGCUCGAAUCGAUUUACCAGGAGAAAAUCGUGGCCGGCUGGCAGCCGCCGCCUGAUGAGCAACAUCGCUUGAGUCUGGCGGAUAGUCAGAGCGCGGACGGAGAUGGCGGGCUCGUGUAAGGCGUGGGUGCUUGCUUGCUUUGUUGCUCGCAUGCUGGAUAUCUGCUUUUCUGUCUGCACUGUCUUGCUCUUUGCUCUUUUGUUCAAGUUAUUAUAGUCAAGAUAAGUUAUGGGCUUGCGAAAGAUAUUAGUAAUAAAGAUCACGUGAUAUGGAAUUUAUGUCCCGCGCGGCUCACAUGUAAUCAACUUUUUUCUG